UCUUCUUUUUUAAAGAUCAUAAAACAUUUCCUUUCUCUGCCCCAUCAUUGCCAAAAUGUCCUUUGCUAAUUUUCUGUUUAUUUUAAUGCUCCUGCCUUCUUCUCUGCAAGCCUUUUCCAAUGUAAACCCAUCACCGUCAACCCAACAAACAUUCAACACACAAGAUUUGAUCAUGCAAACUUGCACCGGUGUCGAAAACCAGGAUUCAUGCCUGUGGAACAUGCAAUCUGAGCUCCAAAAAACAGGUUCCUCUAAUGCAGCUUCAGUUCUGAGUGCUGCCCUUCAGAAUUCCGUCAAUGAAGCAAGGUUAGCCAUUGAUAUGAUCACAAAAUUCAAUUCUUUGUCUAUCAGCUACCGCGAACAAGUAGCCAUUGAAGAUUGCAAAGAACUUCUCGAUUUCUCAGUCUCCGAGCUGGCUUGGUCGUUGGCAGAGAUGGGGAAAAUUCGAGCAGGCGACAAGAAUGUUCGCUAUGAAGGGAAUCUAAAAGCAUGGCUCAGUGCUGCACUGAGUAACCAAGACACAUGCCUUGAAGGCUUUGAAGGCACAGACCGACAUCUGGAGAACUUCGUGAAAGGAAGCCUGAAGCAAGUGACGCAGCUAAUUGGCAAUGUAUUAGCUCUAUAUACCCAACUCCACAGCAUGCCCUUUAAACCAUCACGAAAUGGUACGACCACAAAUUCGAGUCCAGAGUUCCCUGAGUGGAUGACAGAAGGUGAUCAAGAGCUCCUAAAGUUCAGUUCUCUUGGUGUGCAUGUAGAUGCCAUUGUGUCCUUGGACGGGAGUGGCCAUUACCGUACCAUUACAGAGGCACUUAAUGAAGCUCCAAGUUACAGCAACAGGAGGUACAUCAUAUAUGUGAAGCAGGGAGUUUACAGAGAGAACAUUGACAUGAAGAAGAAGAAAACCAAUAUUAUGCUCGUAGGGGACGGUAUUGGGAAAACUGUGGUGACGGGUAAUCGCAAUUUCAUGCAAGGAUGGACUACAUUUAGAACGGCCACUGUGGCUGUCUCUGGAAAAGGAUUCAUAGCAAGAGAUAUGACAUUUCGUAAUACGGCCGGACCAAAGAACCAUCAAGCAGUGGCUCUCCGGGUCGAUUCCGACCAAUCAGCCUUCUACCGGUGCAGCAUGGAAGGCUACCAAGACACCCUCUACGCUCACUCUCUACGCCAAUUCUACCGUGAAUGUGAUAUUUAUGGAACCAUAGAUUACAUAUUUGGCAAUGGUGCAGCAGUGUUCCAAAAAUGCAAGAUAUACACAAGAGUCCCACUGCCCUUGCAAAAGGUCACAAUAACAGCCCAAGGCAGGAAAAACCCACAUCAAAGCACUGGAUUUUCAAUCCAAGAUAGCUACAUUUUUGCCACACAACCUACCUAUUUAGGAAGGCCCUGGAAGCAAUUUUCUAGGACAGUUUUCAUGAAUACGUAUGUGGGUGGGUUGGUUCAGCCUAGAGGGUGGCUUGAAUGGUAUGGUAACUUUGCCUUGAGCACAUUGUGGUACGGUGAAUAUAGGAACUAUGGGCCUGGGGCAUCCCUAUCAGGCCGGAUCAAAUGGCCGGGAUACCACAUUAUCCGCGAUGCUGCCACGGCCAAGUUCUUUACUGCAGGUGAAUUCAUCGACGGUAUGUCGUGGCUUCCAUCAACCGGCGUAAAGUUCACGGCUGGUUUGAGCAAUUAAUUAUAUGUACUAAUUGUAUAGUGUUAUAAGCCAAACCCAGCAACUGGAGGAUGCAAUUUGGGCCUUGAUUCAUAUGUAUAAUUUUACUGUAAUAUAACAAAGAGAGCUAGUUGAUAUUUGUUUGAACUUUGGUAAGAUAUCUCUUGUGUCUAGUGUAAUGAAAUCUGCUUAUUGAAAA